AUGUCUGCAUCGCAAUUAAGAGGUGUACUUCUUGUUUCAUCAAAGCAGGCGGCACGAAAUAGUGCUGUGUGUUUUGUCAGGCAGCCGGCUGUGUCUGUUUUGACAAGAAGAUACAUAUCCAGCUCUAGAAAAGAUAUGACAAGUGCUACUGUGCAUUCACAAACAUCAGAAACAAAGCCACAAACUGGCAGUUACUUGGACACACUAAGCUCAUCAGAGCUAUUUGGAUACGGUGUGAUUGGAUUAUGCACCCUUUCCCGGCCGAUUCUAAACCUUGCAAUCAAGAUUUUCCCCUUCACUCCGCUUUGGAUGAUAAAACUUCUCGUUUACAAGAAUUACUGUGGUGGAGACACCAUUCCAGAUGUUAUGAAGACAGGUGAGCGUUUGAGCCAGCGAGGAAUUAGAAAUAUGAUGGUUUCAUACACCGUGGAGGCCUGUGAUGGCAAGAAGAUGUCUGUGAGCAUCGAUACAAUUAUAAACGAAACGAAAAAGUCAGUGACAGAUCUUUUGGUGCCUCACACAGUGAGAAUGAUCAAGGAGGUGGGUGUUGAUCAUAUAAACGAAGUUCCACCGGGAUAUGUUGCAUUGAAACCAACUGGUCUAAUCGAGAAUGCUGCAAACAUUCUUCUUCAUUACAAGGAGCCUGCAUACCAGGCAAGAUUCAAGCAGUUGUACGACACAUGCGUUGACAUAAUUGCGGAAUGUGAGAGUGCCAAUGCUGCCUUGCUCAAGCAGUACCCAACCAGGAAGGCACCUUUCAUCUGUGCAAUUGUCGAUGCCGAGAGAAACGAUCUUCAACAAGCAGUUUACAAGCUUCAGAGAGACUUGUAUGCUCGCUUCAACAAGGAGAAAUCGGUUGUUGUGGGAACCAUGCAGAUGUAUUUGAAAGAAUCGUCUCCGAACUUGUUGAAAGAGGACGAAUACGCACGUAAGGGUGGCUACAAGAUUGGCUGGAAGCUUGUUAGAGGAGCAUACAUCCACUCCGAACCUGAUAGAGGAGUUAUUCAAGACACUAAGAGCGACACGGAUGCAAACUACGACUCUGGAAUCAAGAAUACUUUGGCAAACAUGUGUUCUAAAAGCCCAACAGUCGGCCAUUUAGUGGUUGCUUCUCACAAUGCCGAUACACAGCGUAUGGCCAGUGAUCUGCUUGAUAAGAUUACAGAUCCUGGUGUGAAGGCUAACGUGGUUCAAGCUCAGUUGCUUGGAAUGGGCGACAACAUUACUUAUUACUUGAUCAAGCACAGAAACGCAAAGAAUCUCAUAAAAUACGUUCCAUGGGGACCCCCAUUAGAGACAAAGGAGUAUUUAUUGAGAAGACUACAGGAGAAUGGAGAUGCAGUCAGGGCAGACAGUGGCUGGCCAUUGGUCAAAGGCGUUGUUAAAUCUCUUUUCAGAAAGGUUUUCUGA